AGGGGUGAAGAAAGGAUGGCAGAGAGCACUGGCUAUAGUUUGUGACUUCAAGCUCUUCCUGUAUAAUAUGGAUGAAGAAAAAGACUCAAAACCCAAUGUUGUCGUGAGUCAAGUGAUUGACAUGAGGGAUGGAGCAUUUUCUGUCAGUUCCGUCUGGCCCUCCGAUUUUAUUCCUGCACGGAGAAAGGAAAUGCCCCGUAUGUUUAAAGUCACGGCUUCUCAGCUCUCAGUGCCUAGCAAUAGGUACUCAGUACCAAUCCUAGCAGACAGCGAGAAUGACAAGUGUGAGUGGGUGGGAGUGCUGAGUGACUUGCACACGAUGCUGAGAAAAAGUCACUCCAGAGACCACUCAGUCUAUGUGCUGAAAGAGGCUUAUGAUAGCAGUCUGCCCCUGAUCAAAACCACCCAGACAGCUGCAAUCAUAGAUCACAACAGAAUCGCUCUGGGAAAUGAAGAAGGGCUAUUCGUGGUGCACGUUACCAUAGAUGGUUACAAUGCCCCAUACCUCUCCGUGUACAGUGAAAACGCAGUGGACAUCUUUAACGUGAACUCCAUGGAAUGGAUUCAGACUGUCCCUCUCAAGAAGGUUCGACCCGUGAAUAGUGAAGGAUCCCUAAAUAUUUUACUUUCGGAGACAAUUAGAUUAAUAUAUUUCAAAAAUAAGACGACAUAUGGAGAUGAGCUGGUAUUUCCUGAAACAUCAGAUAAUCAUCGGAAGCAAAUGGUCCGACACCUCCACAGCAAGCGGCGAUAUUCCUUCAGAGUUCCCAGAGGGAAGGGGAGGCCGCCCAUGGGGCUGUGA